GCUUUUUACUCCAAAAGAUCCGGUUAUUCUCAGGUCAAGAACCCUGAGAUCUUUCCAAGAUGAAACUCGACGCCAAGGCGAUCCGCUACCUCACGAAUGAGGAUUUCAAAGUUCUUGCGGGGGUUGAAACCGGAAGCCGAAACCAUGAAGUCGUUCCGACACCGCUGAUCGUGCAGCUUUCGGGCCUCCGCGGCGGCAGUGGCGUGCAUCGGGCCAUCUCGAAUCUGGCCAAAAUCAACCUGAUCGCGAAGGUGAAGAACGCAAAGUACGACGGCUACCGACUCACCUACGGCGGUCUCGACUAUUUGGCUCUCAACGGGCACCAGAAGCAAAAAGUGGUCUACUCCGUUGGCAACCAGAUCGGCGUGGGUAAAGAAUCAGAUAUCAUCGUUGUCGCACACAGCAGUGGAGCACAGCGCAUUCUCAAAAUCCACCGUCUCGGCCGUAUCUCCUUCCGAACCGUCAAGACGAACCGCGACUACCUCCGACACCGCCAUACAGGAUCCUGGAUGUACAUGUCUCGACUGGCGGCGAUGAAAGAGUUUGCAUUUAUGAAAGCCCUGCGGGAGAACGGCUUCCCAGUUCCCGAGCCCAUUGCCCAGAACCGCCACACCAUCGUCAUGAGUCUGAUCGACGCCUUCCCGCUCCGCCAGAUCGCCAAGGUCCCCAAACCGGCUAAGCUAUACUCGGAGCUGAUGGAUAUGAUUUUGGAGCUGGCGCGCUACGGUCUGAUUCACGGUGACUUUAACGAGUUUAACCUCCUUAUCAAGGAAGAAGUGAUUCCGGACGAGGAUGGAAAUACUCCGGACAUUGAGGAUGCCGAUGAUGACCAUAUCCAGCUGACUCCGAUUCUCAUUGAUUUCCCCCAGAUGGUCUCUAUUGAUCACGCUAAUGCGGAGAUGUACUUUGACCGUGAUGUAAACUGCGUGAAGCGGUUCUUCCAGCGGAAGUAUCAUUUUGUUAGCGAUGCGCCGGGCCCGUUCUUUGCGGAUGCGAAGAAGAGGUUCUUGAAGAACCCUGGGAAGCGGCUGGACGUUGAGGUCGAGGCUUCGGGCUUCUCUAGGAAGAUGGCGCGCGAGCUUGAGAAAUAUAUGGACGAAGUCGGCGCCAAUGAUGAUGCAGGCGAGAGAGACGACGAUGAAGAGGAGGAAUCUGAUGAAGAUGAAGAGUCCGAGGAGGAGGAAGAGGAGGCCGACGAUGAACAACCUGAGCAGUCUAGCGCAGAAGUGGACGAGAGCUCCAAGCGAUUAGACGCACUGGAGAUCUCGGGAUCAUCUGAAAAGUAG